AUGAAGAACUCUCAGUUCAUGACGACGGAUGCAUCCACAUCAUCUUCCAAGACUCUAUCUAAACAACCAGUAACCGGACCUCAAGAACCGCCGGUACAAGUCCAAACUCAAACCGAGAUAUCAAACCGGUUUCAGAAUCUAUCAAUGGAGUACAUGCCGGUCUUCCACCACCAACCCAUACCACCUUACUACAACUUUCCAUCUGUUAUGUUCCAUCCGAUGUACUAUGCCAAUCCUGAACAAAUUAGGUUUGUUCACCCCUCCGGUAUACCUAUACCAAGGCAUAUACCGAUUGGUACGCCUCAAUCUCAGUCAAAUAUUGAAGCUUCUCAUAUGGUAAAGAAAGACGAUUUGGAACUUGAUAUCGGUUUGCCUCCACCUCCUUCUCCUCCACAAGCUACCGGAGCAACCGACAUGGCGGCACAUGGCGUCAUUCAUGUGAAAUGA